UGUUUUUUUUCGAGAUACGUGAACCAUACUUAUGGUAUAUCUAAGAAGAUAAGAGGAAGAAAAUGAAGGGCACAAAACCGUUAUUUAUGUUCCUGUUUGUAUGGACGAUAGCUAGAUGCUAUCCGACGAAACCUCUCAACGAAAGAUCAACGGAGUUGACAUGGCAGGCUUGGUUGCUGAUUGAUGAAAGCCAGAACAAACAGCAGGAUAGCACGUUGAAACGAAGAAUUACCCCAAAAUCUGUGUUUAUAGCACCCACUUUCGGUCCUGAAAGCUUACCCGAAUGCUCCGAAGGGUACCAGUCUGAUCCAAUGGGAAGAUGCAUAAAAGUUAUUAUGCUGAACAAAGAGCUACACCUGGAUUUCUUGCUUCAGCAAUUAAACCAGAAGUUUGGAGGAAUGGAAGACUACGAGUAUGAGGAUGAAACCACUUCCGGUCCCCUCAAUAUAAACAUUCCUCUCAACGCAGUUCAAGAAGAAACAGAUGUAGCUAUUGUGGUUGCACCAACCAAAAAUAUUGGACAGAGUGCCUUGGACAAGGAGAUGGAUAUGAACAAGACCUUGAGCGUGGAAAAAGUAAAUGUGGCUGAUAUUGCUGGAAUCCUUGGUUUGAAACAGGUUGCUGAAGUUGAAACUACAACAAUAAUGGGAACAGAUACAACAACGCAAGAGCUGACAACAGAAACAACAACCGUCAACACACAAGGUUCAACAUCAGAGUUAAACGCUCUUUUCUUCUUGGAUUCGAAGAGACAGGUAGAAGUCAAAACAGACUCAACAACUUUGACAUCUACCACAUCAAAUGCCGCUUCUACCGAAGGUUAUGUUGACAGUCGCACAACUCAAAAAAGGGGUAUUCAGGACAGCGAACUCACUCUGUACCAGAUGGACCAAGCACUCCCCUAUACUGAUUCAUCAGUAUCUUUCGUCGAUACCAAAAGAGAAGUUGUUAAAACGAAAGAUGACCCUACGACCACUGAGAAAAUAACGGAAAGGCCACAGUAAGAUCAACUCUGAUGGUGCCCAAGAAUCGAACAAAUUCUUAUGAUUACGUACCACCUCUACCAAGGGUUUCAACACCGGCACCUUUCAGAAAACCAAGUCAUCAAGAUACCACAACAGCUUCCAUCUUAUUCACCCCAAUAGACAAUGUGCUCUCUCUGGAAGAUAGCACAGUUGUUCCCAAGAAUACAGGCGCAGUUUUGUCUACAGGUUCUCAAGAUACUUUCAAUGGCAACAGCAAUAAUAAAUUUUUUAUCCAACUUGGAGAUUCUUCUAACGAAACCUCUAACAGUCUACCAAUAAAAACGGAUAUUAAAAGGGUAGCCGAUUUUAAUAAAAUAGCGUUUCCUACAAAAGGAACUACCCUUGGUAAUACUGGGAGCUGGAUAUUUAGUUUACCUUCAUCAAACAGAGUGAGAUUUCCCACAUCACAAUUUUCAUCACCACCCUCAAAGACAACCUACUCAUCUGAUAGAUUCGGAGUGCAAUUGCAAACUACCAGUUCACCAAAUGACGAAAGAAAUCAUUUGAAGACUUUAUCAGAUAUAAGCCCAACUCCACUCAAUUUGACCACUCUAUACGAGAGGAUGAAGGCACAUAGGGAAAACCAUAGAAAUAGAGAGAAACAUAGUGAAUGGUUCCAUCUGCCAACAAAAUGGUCUAACACCUCACAUAAGCCAAUGGUAUUGAGGUUUUCUAAGAAGAGUGGCCACAUGGAUAGGCAAGAGUUUCAUUCUGGUUUUCUCAGGCAGAUUGAUGCUAGAGCCUUUGGGUUCAAACCGACGAUACAAAGAUGAUACCUACCAAAUGUAGACAUCACCGCAGCUUUUUGACUGCUUUGUAUAUAUAUUUACAAAUGUUUUAGUUUGUACUCAUAGUCUGAACAGUACCUUAUGAUUUUAAAAGUAUUAUUGAAAUGAGCUGUUGCUCAGGGGUUGAAGGAACAUUUCAAGUCAACUUAGAUGGCUGAGUUGAAAUAUGAAUCGGGAAGAAAAAUCCACAAAAUAUUUAAAAAUUCAGACACUGAUAUCCUUCACAAUUAUUGAUACCGAGUUAACAGAACCUUGAUUUUUGUGUGGCUCCUCUGAUUGUAGAUAUAGAAAGAGAAGUAAACUAUGUAUUUCCAAAUAACAAAUUAACAAGGCUCAAAAAGAUAAGAAAUACCUAGCUACUAAGUUUCAGAAAAAAAUUCGUUUCAACUCUUGACUAGCAGCUCGAUAUUUAUUUAUAUUCAAAUAGUUCACAGAAAGUUAUUACUACUUACCUCACAGUUUGUAUAUUUUAAGAAAUCCAAAAGUUUUUAAUCCAUAUCAUAUUUUUUCUUCUUCAGUGAUACAUCACAUUGUAACAAACUGAUUUUUUUUAUCGAAUUAAUAAGCUGUUCGAAUAUAUGUGAAAUAAAUAACUGAAUGUAUUGUAGAAUGCCAUGAAGUUAAACAAUCAGUGGUCCCUAGUUAAAUGUUUGUUUUUGUCCAUAUGCGAUUAACAUUUAUCUAACAUAGGUAUUUCAGUUAAUUGAAAACCAUUCAUUUAACUUGUCUGUUUUUCUAAUUGUAUUAUAUUAUUAUAGUCAUGUAUAUAAUCAAUUUUACUCAUUAGGUUAAGAUUUAAUUUAUUAUGUUUUUUAGAUAAGCACAAAAUUUCUUAUUUUCAUCAAAGAGAUCCCAAAGAACUUAAAAAAAAAUCAUAUUUUCAUAUAUUGGCGAUUCCAACAUUAUUGUUAUAAUGUAUGAAUAAUGU